AUGGCUCCCAAGGUUCUCAUCGUCCUCACCUCCGUCGACAAGACUGAGAAGUCUGGCAAGCCCAUCGGCUGGUACCUGCCCGAACUCGCCCACCCCUUCGAUGUUCUCAAGGAGGCCGGCGUCGAGAUGACCUUCGCCUCUCCCAAGGGAGGCGUCGCGCCCCUUGACCAGGCCUCUGUCGAGAUGUUCGCCAGGGACCCCUCCUCCAAGAACUUCCUUGAGAACCACAAGGCCAUCUGGGAAAACACCGAGAAGCUCUCCAACUUUGUCGGCCGCGCCUCUGAGUUUGACGCCAUUUUCUACCCCGGCGGUCACGGCCCCAUGUACGACCUCGCCUUCGACGCAACCUCCCACGCCCUCAUCGCCGAGUUCGCCGCCCAAAACAAGCCCGUCGCCUCCGUCUGCCACGGCCCCGCCGCCAUCGUCAAUGCCAAGCUCAACGACGGCACCUACCUCAUCGCCGGCAAGACCGUCACCGGCUUCUCCAACACCGAGGAGGACCAGGCCGGCUUCACCCCCGAGAUGAACUUCAUGCUUGAGGACCGUCUCAAGGAGAACGGCGGCAAGUACGAGCUCGCCGCCGAGCCCUGGGGCGAAAAGGUCGUUGUCGACGGCAUCGUCAUUACCGGUCAGAACCCGGCCUCGGCUCACGGCGUCGGCAAGGCUAUUGCCAAGGCUCUUGGCUUGUAA